AUUCCCUUCCAUUGAAGCCACCUUAUUAAGAACAAGAGGCGCUCCUCUAGCUUUACAUUCACAGAACACCGCGUUCUUGAGCCUUGAGCUUUAGCCCUUCAAUCUCUUCCAAUUUCCCCCAAUUUUCAACUUCCAAUACAAUCAAAAUGGCUAAUGCAGCGUCUGGAAUGGCUGUGCACGAUGACUGCAAGUUAAGGUUCUUGGAGCUGAAAGCCAAAAGGACUCACCGCUUUAUCGUUUUUAAGAUAGAAGAGAAACAAAAGCAGGUUGUGGUUGAAAAGGUUGGUGAGCCAACCGAAAGCUAUGAGGAUUUCGCUGCAAGUCUUCCUGAUAAUGAAUGUAGAUAUGCUGUCUACGAUUUUGACUUUGUCACUGCCGAGAAUUGCCAGAAAAGCAGGAUCUUUUUCAUUGCAUGGUCCCCUGACACGUCGAGGGUGAGAAGCAAGAUGAUCUACGCCAGUUCAAAGGACAGAUUCAAGAGAGAGCUCGACGGAAUUCAGGUCGAGUUGCAAGCAACCGACCCAACUGAAAUGGGACUUGAUGUUAUUAAGAGCCGCGCCAACUAGAUAUCGAUGGAUAGGUAUCAGAUGGACCUUAUAAGUGAGAAAACUCCUAAUGCAAUCAUCUUUACUUAUUGGAAAUAUUUAUAGUGUGACAGAUACUUGGCAAGAGAUGAUUGAUAUUGGUUGCCAAGUGCUACAGUUAUAUGUACUAUUUAAUGAACAAGUUUUAUGAUGUUUGGUAUAUGAUGUAAUUUGUUACUUGAGAAUUUAUUCUUCUGAGUGUUUCACUGGUAGCAUGAUUUACAAGCUAA